AUGAAGGUCACUCCUUUCUGGGCGUCAAUCGCCCUGUUGCGCGCUCUGCCAGUCCUCGCUGCAACAUCUCCAAGCCCAACUUCCACCUCUGCAGCCCCGAGUUGCACAGCCUCUCUCGUCGCCAGUCUCUGCGACUAUCCAGAACCAGGCUUCAACUUCGCCGUCGCCAGCGAUGGCAGAGCCUCUUGCUGGGAGUAUUGCAAUGCCCAUCCUCCCUGCAGCUUCGUCAUCUUCCGCGAGGGCAAUCCCUACACCGGCACAGGCACCUGCUGGCUGUAUCCGGGCGAGAGCUACGAUGCGAGCGCCGGCAGCUCUUGUGGUAACCCCUAUUUGUUCGUCUACGACGAGCCCGUAUGCAAAGGCACGCCCACCUCGGGCUCGGACAGCUGCGCAGCGACUGCAACGCCCUCUGCCAUCGCUUCGGUUUGCGGAUAUCCGACACCGGAUGAUGACUGCUUCAGCGCUUGUACUGCUAGCGGAGGCGCAACGGACUGCUUGAGUCAGUGUGCAAAGGCCGAUUCCUGCAGCUACGUCGUCUUUAAUCCACACAACGAUGACAACUCACCCUACGCUCCGGGCACUUGUUGGAUGUAUUCGAAUGGUACCUACGACGCUGGAGCCGCGACUACUUGCAAGGGCGCGCCUGAGCAGUUUGUGUACCAGAACCCGUGCCCCAAGCCAGCGCAUUCCUCGUCGUCUGCUCCGGCACCAUCUACUGGAACUACAAAGACUGUAAGUGGAACUGUUGGUAUUGAGACUGGGAAUGCAGUUAUUGAUGCAGAGGCGGCUACUACUAGUGAAUCUUCGGCCUCUACUCUUCUACUCACGAACCCGCUCGCAAUGUUCAUGUAUGCUGUAUUGCUAUGGUAG